AAGCUGAAACUUGUUCUGAUUAUUGUACAACCCAAGAUCCAAUGUCCUGCAGAGAAGUUUCCGUUUCUAACAAAGAGGGUGAAAUGCAGUUAGAAUCUGAGUGUCAGGUAGAUGGGGCUUUCUCUGACUGUGAAGUUCUAGAUGUUGGGUCUGACUGUCGCCAUUUCAUCCGAACGACAUGCUGGCAAACAUCAACCCAAGCUCAAAGUGAAAAAAGGAAAGGAGAAUAUGCACAUCCCUUGCUCUGAAGUUGAGCCUAACAUGGGUUCACAAGCUGCACAUUUGGUACAUUUUGAAACUGGUGACAUGAAUGAGAGCUCGCUUCCUGCCUUCCCUACUAGACAUGUUAUUGAUCACGCGUCUCCAAGGCUUGAUGAUUCUAGCAGCCUGAAUCCAACGUCUGAUUGCCAAGUGAAUACAGAAAACCUGGCUGAAACUAACCACUCGGAUGGUGCCAUUUUGGGGGAUGCUGUGCAUUCAGAAGAUGUUGGUGGAACAACUGAAAAAGUGGGUCGUAAGAGUAGAAAUAGAAACACUUCUACUACAUCAGAUCUUCCUCAGAAGCGCAAAUCUUCUGCAACUGAGAAGGCUGAAGGUGAGACAUCAUCCAGGCAGCUGAGGAAGCGGGUACCUCAUAAACAAGUUGAUGAGCUGGCAGAUGAGGCCAGUGAUGACAGUUUCACUGCUGAACCUUCUAGUGAUUCUAAGAUCAACGAAGAUGAGGAUAAUAUUGAUGAAUAUAGGGAGCAUAAGACAUCGCAGAGGAAAAGAGCCCCCAAAAAGUCCAAGAAACCUGUAUCUGAAAAAGAACCAGUUCGAAAGCAUAAGAAGACCAAGGAAGCAUCUGAUCAGUCAACCAAAGACGCUCCCAAAAAGUUCUCCCAUUCAACUCGUAGAAACAGAAGACAAGUGGACAAGUCUUUGCUUGAAAUCCCAGAGGAGGAAUUUGACCCCUGUAAAUUCUCUCUCAAGGAUCUCAUUCGUCUAGCAGAGCAUAAGGAGCUGUUAAAGAUUAAGGAGGCAAGAAAAUUGACAACUCGACAGCCCAAUGAAAGUACGAACAGUGAUUCUCACAAGGAAGGUUCUCACAAUGAAGAGGAGUUCUAUCCUUCAGAACAUGGCACUGAUGAAAACCAAGCCACUUAUCAUGUUAAUUCCUCUCUCCUCAAUUAUCAAACUUACAUGGACAAAGCACCCACUGCAAGAUGGUCUAAGCAGGACACAGAACUGUUCUAUGAGGCUAUUCAGCAGUGUGGAUCAGAUUUUACUAUGAUUCAAGAACUUUAUUUUCCUAGUCGAACGCGUCAUCAAGUCAAGCUAAAAUUCAAGAAGGAAGAGCGUCAACAUCCAUUACGCAUCUCAGAAGCCGUACUAAGUCGCUUGACUCAUUCCACAGAUCAUUCCCAAUUUACUUCAUAUAUUGAGAAGCUGCAACAAGCUGCUCGGGCAAACAAGGAAUCUAAUGCAGAUGAGUCAGUUAACAUGACAGGCAAGGAGGAAGGACUAAGAGAGCAGACUCGGGAUACUGAUGAGGGAAUGGAGAAACCCAAGUCGGAAGAAGUUCAAGAUCAGGAAGCUGAUGUUGCUGAAGUUCAAGAUCAAGAAGCUGUUGCUGCUGAAGUGAGCAAUCCCUUGAAGUCCGAUGAAAUUGAUGAUGAUGAUUUUACAUGGUCCGACUGACAAGUGAGGAGUUUUACUUUUCUCUCCCUUAUAUUUUCUCUAGCCAUUGAUGAGUGACUUUCAACGAGAAGAUAUUGUCCUAACAAAAUUUAAGGAUAUUCAGUACUUGUUAUUGAGAGUGUGGACUAUGGAGCGUGUGGAGAUAAAAACGAAUACAUUAUAUCGAGGAGCCAACAUAGUUGCAGCUCAAGUUCAACUGGCAAGAAUGGGAUAUCAGAUACCUGAGCUCCCCAAAAUCUGGGGCACAAAAAUAGUGUUGCAACCAUUUUUGUAUGUAAGUUUGUAACAUUGGUUUUGGUAUUUAAAUAUUGAUUGCUCUCGUAUCUAAUUUUCGUUCUCCUAAAGAUUUUUGUGAACAAGUAUUGUAAUUAGGCCUGUUAACAGUGUAAUGAAUGUUUAUGCUUAGAACCA